UGUUUAUGUUUGGUUAAAAUAUUUCUACAUGUCAGUAUGAACAUUUUAUUUGAAAUUUGUAAGAUCUAUGUUUCUCCUUUUACACCAGCAAUAGUAUUUCCGAUGUGUCAUUAGAUUUUUUAAGGUAACUGAAAAGUUGAUAGUAUAAAUAUUUUGUUUAUUUCAGGAGGAUGGACCAGGCACAGGUCUUGAAAUCCAGGUAUUCCCUGGUAGGGAAAUCUUUAAUAGCUAUUAUUCUAAAGGUCGAGGCGCACCAGACCCUGAUACUAGAUGAGAGUUUUAACAAAUUAAAGAAGGACCACUCUCUCCUUGACUAUUCGUUUGAGGAAUUGGAGACUGAAUUUAACGGACUUACGGGAGAGGUCAUGAGCGAUGUUUUGGCGUUGUGUGGCAAGGAACCUUUGAUAGAGAAUGCUCGCUGCCUUGUGCAUUUUACAAUUACGCAGGCUAAUCUUGUCGAGGCCCAAAGGGGCAAGACUCUGGCACACAAGGCUGUGCCCGAGCCUAGCGCUAGUACCAGUAGUGGAGCUGUGGGUGGGAAUAUACCAGUUCCAGAUCCCAGCACGACUCCAGAUUUCGUGCCUUUAGGAAACAAGUCCAAUGACAUAGAGAGCCGGCUGAAAGAUAUGGAGAAUAAGAUGACCUCUUUUUCUAAUAAAUCCGCCGAAAGCCAGGUAGGAGAGAGUUUAGCACAUGUAAGGAUACUGGCGUCUAGGCCCAACUUAACACCGUCACAUGUUCUAUUGGCUGCCAUAGAAUCUCUUGUUACUCUUGCUACAAAAUAUGGACAUAAGGAAGCAUAAUGUUUCUCUAAGGCUUAUACUUACUGCAAAAAGUUCGAGGAUUCUAAGGAUAUCUGUAAUUUAGCAAUGAAAUUAUUUGGAUCGGCAGAGGACAAAAAAUUAGCUAAUAUGGUAGCCGAGUGGAUGAAGGGUAAAAAGUAUGAGGCUUCUCCGAAGAA